AACCUCGAAAGCGCUCUGUUUUCACAACUCAUCGUCAUUUUUGUCUUUGCUGCGGUUGAAUUUGGAAAAGUGCUGUUUUUUCGCGUAAAUUAGUGGAGAAUAAUUGCAAUUCGUGCGAAAAUCGGUGCUGCUAUUCGAGUGAAAAAUGUCCACGGCGGAGAAAAUUGAAGAAACCCCCUUGAAGGGAAAGACCAAGGAAAAGGAGGAGGAAAAAGCCGAACUGAGCGAUGAGGACAAACAGCUUCAGGAUGAGUUGAAUAUGUUGGUCGAGAGGCUGCAGGAACCGGCCACGGAACUUUAUCAUCCGGCGCUGGAAGCGAUGGCCAAGUUGAUCAAGGCUUCCACCACUUCAAUGACCUCGGUUCCAAAGCCACUGAAGUUUAUGAGGCCCCAUUUUGAGACCAUGAAGGAGAUUCACAAAACGAUGACGGCCACGCUAAAGGAUAAGAAUACGACCAAAUUGUGCGCGGAGAUUAUCUCGGUUCUGGCCAUGACCAUGGGAACUGGGAAGGAGUGCCUGGUGUAUCGUUUGCUGUGCGAUGACAGCAACGAGAAUAUCGGCGAUUGGGGUCACGAAUAUGUGCGCCAUUUGAGCGGGGAAAUUGCUUCCAAUUGGCCGGAAACGACGGAGGAUUUCAAGAAGCGGUUGAUCUGUUUGAUCCAUCAGAUUAUCCCGUACAAUAUGGCCCAUAAUGCCGAAGCGGAAGCGUGCGAUCUGUUGAUGGAAAUCGAACGGUUGGAUCUGCUGGAAGCUUACGUGGAUGAAAGCGCCUAUCCGAGGGUUUGUCUGUAUCUGCAGAGUUGCGUUCCGUACGUUCCGGAACCGGAGAACAUUAGCCUGUUGAAGUGUGCGCUGAAUUUGUCCCGGAAGUUCAAUAUGCACACCCAAGCGAUGAGACUGGCCCUGAUGAUUAACGACAUGCAGCUGAUUCAGGACAUUUUCACCUCGUGCAAUGAUUUGGCCAUCCAGAAGCAGCUGGCGUUUAUGCUGGGAAGGCAGCAGAUAUUCUUAGAACUGCCGGAAGGAUCCAACGAUUACGACGAUCUGGUGGAGAUCAUGUCCAAUUCGCAUUUGAACAAUCACUUCCUGAAUUUGGCCCGCGAGUUGGACAUUAUGGAACCGAAGACCCCGGAGGAUGUUUACAAGUCCCAUUUGGAUAAUUCCCGGACACCGUUCGGGUCGCAGAUUGAUUCGGCAAGGCAGAACUUGGCGGCUAGCUUUGUGAAUGGAUUCGUCAAUGCUGGGUUUGGACAGGACAAAUUGCUUAUGGAGGACGGCAAUAAGUGGCUCUACAAGAACAAGGAACACGGAAUGCUGAGCGCAACUGCCUCUCUGGGUCUGAUCCUGCUUUGGGACGUCGAUGGCGGUUUGACUCCGAUCGAUAAAUAUCUCUACUCCAAUGAAGACUACAUCAAGUCGGGAGCUUUACUCGCUUGCGGUAUUGUCAAUUGCGGCGUUCGGAACGAAGUUGAUCCCGCCCUGGCUCUCCUGUCGGAUUAUGUUCUUCAUCAGAAUAGCACCAUGAGAAUCGGAGCCAUUCUCGGUCUGGGAUUGGCUUAUGCCGGGUCGAACAGAUCCGUCGUGUUGGAACUGAUUGGAUCGGUGUUCAGCUCGGAACGUCGCACCGGUUCUACGAUGGAAGUCAUGGGAAUCGCCGCUCUUUCGCUUGGCAUGAUUGCCGUUGGAUCUUGCAAUAGCGAAGUGACCGAAGUUCUGCUCCAAACCAUUAUGGAUCGCUCGGAGUUGGAACUGAAGGACACCUAUGCUCGCUUCCUCCCACUUGGACUUGGUUUGGUUUAUUUGGGACGCCAAGAAGCUGCUGAAGCCGUCAUCGCUGCAUUAGAGAUUAUUCAAGAACCGUUCCGUUCGAUGGCCACCACCAUGGUCGAAAUCUGUGCUUAUGCCGGAACUGGCAACGUUCUCAAGAUCCAACAACUUCUUCAUCUAUGCUCGGAACAUUACGAACCGGCAUCGGAAAGUGAGAGUUCCUCCUCUUCGAAGAAGGACGCCGCUGCAGCAGCUCAAAAGGAAAAGGAAGACAAAGAGAAGGAUCUGUCCGCUUGUCAGUCUGUGGCCGUACUUGGAAUCGCCCUCAUCGCCAUGGGUGAAGAAAUCGGAUCCGAAAUGGCUUUCCGAUCGUUCGGGAACCUACUCCGCUACUGCGAACCGUGCAUUCGUCGAGCUGUCCCGCUGGCCCUCGGCUUGAUCUCCGUCUCUAACCCUAAGCUGAACAUCCUGGAUACUUUGAGUAAGUUCUCGCACGACAGCGAUGCGGAAGUGGCCCACAACUCGAUCUUCGCCAUGGGCCUCGUGGGAGCAGGAACAAACAAUGCUCGAUUGGCAGCGAUGCUUCGUCAGUUGGCUCAAUAUCACGCCAAGGAUCCCAACAACCUCUUUAUGGUCCGUAUAGCACAGGGAUUGACGCAUUUAGGCAAGGGAACGCUCACCCUCAGUCCGUACCACAGCGAUCGUCAGCUGAUGAGCCCCGUAGCGGUCGCCGGCCUGAUGGCCACCCUCGUUUCCUUCAUGGAUGUGAAGAACAUCAUCCUGGGCAAGUCGCACUAUCUGCUCUAUACAAUGGCCACCGCUAUGCAGCCACGUAUGUUGAUCACAUUCACGGAGGACCUCAGCCCGUGUCCGGUCCCAGUUCGCGUUGGUAUGGCCGUCGACGUCGUUGGCCAAGCCGGUAAGCCGAAGACCAUCACCGGAUUCCAAACGCACACCACUCCGGUCCUGCUGGCGAUGGGCGAAAGGGCCGAACUGGCCACCGAAGAGUACAUCUCGCUCACACCCAUCAUGGAAGGUUUCUGCAUCCUGCGGAAAAAUCCCAACUAUGUCCCCUAAGAGGAACAACAAACCCUUCUCUUCCUGGGCGGACAAUCUUCGAAGACUUGUUUCAGAAUGCGAUAAGAUUAAUCAACGCUACAUACUACGAAAUAAAAUACUACUUAUCAGUUUAGUUUACUCAUGUAACGAACAUUGUGUAUUUUAGAUGUGUCCCAAGUAUUUGAAAUAAAAGAAAUCCUAA